AUGGCGGACGCGGCGACCGGCAUCUUGGCAGGAUUGUUGCCAGCGCUGACGAAGCAAAUCGCUGAUAGUGUCGUGGAAGUGACGGGUGAAGUGGAAAAUGCCCUGCAUCAGCAACUCGAGUCGACUGGGGAUAAGAAGAAACAGGCGAGACAGCUGAAUGCAGUGGCAAAGGGAUCUGGCAAAUAUAUGUACAAAGUGCAUCGUGCGUUUGAAAAGAACUUCAGCAAGUUUGAACUGUACGUUCGUCGCAACAUUGUGUCGGUGCCUGACGCGCUCGUCGACACGGUCGCUCAGAUUCGAGCCGAGCGUUGGAACAAGCAAGGCGAAGGAAGCGAGGCCGCGCGUCAAGAGCGUGAAGAAGAAGAAGCCACGUCAUUGUUGUCAAAGGAAGAGAGAGAGGAACGUCAAGUGGAUGCUCAGCUCGAAGCUUUGCGCGUGAAAUUGCGGGAGUUAACAGUGACGAACCAGCGGCUCGAGCUCGAGCAGAGGUCGCUAGCUGAACGCACGCGGCACUUCCAAGGUCUUUUGUCCAAGGUCACGUUCCUAGACGAUGUGCGUGAACGAGCGAUUUUGCCGUUAAAACGUACGGCCGAGCACGUGACGACUCUUCGUCAAGCGUUAUUACAGCUGGACACUGUCCAAGCGACACUGGAAGAGGAUGUGCGGCAGUAUAAGCGAUCGAAAGUAGCUACACGGGGCACCUUUCACAACCUGCGCAAGCGCUUUGCAGCAAGAUCGGCGGAAAUGACGUACCGGACAACGGAAGAUCUAGAGGAGCUGCAUGCUAAAUUGCUGACCAUGUGA